UCAAAGCAUAACGUGCAAGGUUAGUGGGAAGCUAACAUGUUUUGGGUAUUCUUUGAUUAUCCAUCAAGCCUUGUCAGGGUCACAGGUGGAGUUUCAGAGCCUCCUGCGCAAGCGCCGACAUUUGCCAGAAUGUGCAGCUAACUUAGUAAGUUUGACCCGAUAUCUGCUCUUAUAUCUGCAAGUACUAACCUCGAGAUUUUUGGGAUCCGAGAAGGGAAAUAAUUGAUUAUGCCCGCUCGCUUCCAUCGCACUUCAGCUAGCAUGCGAGGGACAGUAUGAGAGACAUUUUCCGUCCGCUUUUCCGGACUCCAGAGGAACGUGCGGCGAAUCGGAAAGAGCAAUUGCGCCGAGCACAGAGGACCUUUCGAGAGCGAAAAGAGAACUACCUUAGGCUUUUGGAGAAGCAAGUCACUUCUUUGCUGAAGAACGAGAUCGACACCCAGGUCCAGAUUCAACAUCUCCAGUCUAGGGUGUCGAGGCUUGAAGCCAGGUUGAAUGAAUCCGAAUCCGAAAACCAAAAACUUCACACUUUUGUGGGUAGUCAUGAUGGUCAUGGCAUGGGUCUCGCUCAGGCACCAAAUAUAUCCGCCAAUGCCAUGCCUGAUAUCAAUGAUCCUUCUGAUCGUGACCCUGUCAAUGCUGUCAUCUGGGUCGAGUCUAAAGGAGCUCAAGCAGCACAUUUGCAUAUUCGCAACACGUCUCAGGGCAACAACCCCGGACAGCUACCUUCCCCGGAUCUAUCACCUAUCGGAAAUGCCCACGCCGAUGCAAUCACCAAACACGAAUCAGUCUCGGUCGGUGGGCAAAUGAUGGCACAACUGAGGCAUCCGCCGCAGUUCAGUGACAAGGUGUGUUUGAUGGACAUGGACUUGAUCACCGUUGGUAUGGAGUUUGUGCUCAAGCUCGAGAAUCCAUGUCUUCCGCAUAUCCUGCAAGCAUCCUCGUCCGAGGGUCAGGAUCAAGAUUCUCCUCACGGUCAUGUGCAUUUGGCAACACAUGCAUUAUUGUGCUGUUCACGAGAUACACCAAAAGCGCUGCCCUCUGGAUCCACAUGGCAAGCACCGAAAGACACGCUCAAACGGUUGUUGGACUAUUCGCCAGAACUACCCAUCGAAGACUCGGAGAUGAGUCCAGUUCAAGCAUGGCAACAGAUUACACUACACCCUCAUUUUCAUAAUCUGAAGCUUGAGAAUCUGAAUGUUCUUUCUGAUAGGCUGUUGCAAGAUAUCAAGUGUUACGGAUUUGGAGCCGUGGUCAGACAAGAGUUUCUGGAGAAAUUGCUCUCGACGACAUGAGGACGUUUGUGGAGAAGGCACCAACAUCAACCUAGGUUAAUCGGGUUGCGGGCAAUGACGAAACUCUAUCGGUUUGCAACAUCGGAGCAUAACA